AUGUCAGUAGCUUGUUCAUAUCUCCGGACAGGGCAUGUAUUCCUCCCCUUCCAUCUUGUGCAAGGGAAAGAGAAGUAUUCUUCCAAUGGAUUCUUAUACAUUCCUUCUCCUUGUUUUAUUCUUCUUUUUCUCUCCUUUUUCCUCCCCUUUCCUUUUUCUCCCCUUUUCCCUCCCUUUUCUUUUUCCUCCCUUUUUUUCUCCUUUUUCCUUUCCUUUUCCUCCUUUUUUCCUUUUCUCCCUUUUUCCUCUUUUUCUCCUUUUUCCUUUUUUCUCUCCAUUUUCCUCCCUCUUCCUUUUCUCCCCUUUUCCUCCCUCUUCCUUUUUUCUCCCUUUUUUUCCUUUCCCUCCUUUUCCUUUUCUCCCCUUUUCCUCCCUCUCCUUUUUCUCCCCUUUCCUUUUUCUCUCCAUUUUCCUCCCUCUUUCCUUUUUCUCCCCUUUUUCCUCCUCUUUUCUUUUUUUAAUCUUUUCCCCUUUUUUUUUGUUUUUGCUAUUCUUUUCUUUCUCCUUUUUCUUCUAAGAUUUCUUUGUGCAACAUUCUUCAUUUUCAUUUUCUCCUUUUUUUUUUUUUUGUCUCUACUUUCCUGUCCCUCAAGAAAAAAAAUAAAUACAGUUUCUCUUUGUAAGAAUUCCUCCAAUUCCACAUAUUUUCCCAUUACUUUUUGUCCCUUAUCGGGUCACGUGUCUGUUCAGGUGAGAUGUUUUAUGACCGAGCACCUUUAG